UAUUUCAGUUUACUGAAUACUUCCACUUUAAGAAGGCGGCUCCGUCCCAGUGUAGUGUGUUUAUUCGAUCCCAGAAGUGGCACCACCACAUGGAAACGAUAGUGUAUUUUUUAUUCAACAUGGCGAAAGCAUAUGCCGCCCUUCCAGUGGAUACAUUUGACAAACUUUAAUGGUGUGUAUAGUUGUGCAUUUAGACAAGAUGAUCGAAAGUUGAUCUUGUUCCUGUGAUCCUGUCGCUUGACUAUUUUUUACACUACUGCCAGUGAGUGGAGCUACAGUAAAUGCGGCAACAGACGGCGCGCAGGGAACCACCAGGGAAAGGAACGGAGAGAAGUGAAAGCGCGCUGGAACGUUACACCUACAAGAACAGGAAUUCAGAAGGAACGAAAACGGACGUGAAAUAAACAGUGUCAGUUCGUGCCAAAGCAGCGAGUGAGAGGAGGCUACGCUACGUGACAUAGUGAAAUGGACGGACUACCGGGGACGGGCUGUGAGCGCACCUCGACCGACCGCGAGUGACCAGACCGAGCCUGAAGCGGAUUGGGAUGGCAGUAUCCAGCAACUCAAGCCUGUCGGGUUCAUCAGUGUCUUCUGACCCUGAGGAUUACCAACCGCCCAUAUGGAAGUCUUACUUGUACCAGCUCCAGCAGGAAGCUCCUCGGCCCAAGAGGAUCACCUGCCCUCAGGAGAUGGAGAGCAGACCCAGAUAUUACGGCAGAGAGUUCCAUGGCAUGCUAUCGAGAGAGUAUGCAGAUGAGCUACUGGGAGGAGCAGAGGGGGCUUACCUCGUCAGAGAGAGCCAGAGACAGCCAGGGACCAACACCUUGGCCUUAAGGUUUGGGCACCAGACCCUGAACUACCGACUGUUCUAUGACGGGAAGCACUUUGUGGGGGAGAAGCGCUUCGAGACGGUCCACGACCUGGUGACGGAUGGCCUCAUCACCCUGUACAUCGAGACCAAGGCUGCAGAGUACAUUGCCAAGAUGACCACCAACCCCAUCUAUGAACACCUGGGCUACACCUCCCUGCUGAAGGACAAGAUGGGGCACCGGCUGAGCCGAAGAUGCACUGAACCCCGUAGGGUCACCUUCCAGAGAGAGGACAGUAAGAUCACCACGUCUCCUCUGGUACGGCACAGCACCCUGAAAGACUGCCCCUCCGAGAAGCAGAGCUCCUACGACAAGGUCCACAACUUCAAGGUUCAUACGUUCCGAGGGCCUCACUGGUGCGAGUAUUGUGCCAACUUCAUGUGGGGUCUCAUAGCCCAAGGGGUCCGUUGCUCAGACUGUGGGCUGAAUGUACACAAGCAGUGCUCCAAGCUGGUGCCCAGCGACUGCCAGCCAGACCUGCGCAGGAUUAAGAAGGUGUUCAGCUGUGACCUCACUACCCUGGUCAAGGCCCACAACACCACACGGCCCAUGGUGGUGGACAUGUGUAUCAAGGAGAUAGAACUACGAGGUCUGCAGUCUGAGGGCCUCUACAGAGUGUCUGGCUUCUCAGAACACAUUGAGGAUGUGAGGCUCUCCUUUGACCGAGAUGGCGAGAAGGCAGACAUCAGUGCCAAUGUGUACAAUGACAUCAACAUCAUCGCUGGAGCUCUGAAGCUCUAUCUGAGAGACCUGCCCAUUCCAGUCAUCACAUUCCACGUGUACUCCAGAUUCAUACAAGCUGCAAAAAUUCCCAACCCAGACACCAGACUGGAGGCCAUCCAUGAGGGGCUGCUGCAGCUCCCGCCAGCCCACUACGAGACCCUACGCUACCUGAUGAUGCAUCUCAAGAAGGUCACCAUGUUUGAAAAAUACAAUUUCAUGAAUUCUGAGAACCUGGGGAUUGUGUUUGGUCCGACGUUAAUGCAGCCACCUGAACAGAACGCCCUGGCCACUCUGAACGACAUGAGGCAUCAGAAACUCAUCAUACAGCUCCUGAUAGAACAUGAAGACGUCUUGUUUUGAAGGACUGGAGCCCUGUCUGUUGCUGGGAAGGAAUAUGACUUUUUAUUUAUUCCAUACCAGAGGAAUCUCAAGCCAUCAUAUGUCUGUCAUCAUAUGAAGUGUAAAAAUUCCAAAAUGUUUCUUCUCUCCCAUAAGCAUGACUGUUUCAGUUGAAGUUGAGUCUGUGGUACGUCAGUUAGACAUCAUGUCUUGUUACAUUAAGGUCAAAGGCCAUAUUCUCCUUAAGAGGAACAAGGUAUUGGAUACAUCCCAAAUGGCACCCUAUUUAUUACUUUUGAACAGGUCCCAUAGGGCUCUGGUUAAAAGUAGUGUGCACUAUAUAGUGAAUAGGGUGGCAUUUUGGACGAAGCCAUUGAUUCCAGCAUUUUCACACACCUUUCAUGGCGUCAGGUAGCCUAGCAGUUAGUGUUGGGCCAGGAACCGAAAGGUCGCUGGUUUGAAUACCCGAGCCGACAAGGU